AGGAGGAGUGGGAGGGGGUUGAACCAAGUUCCUCAGACCGACAGAACCCUGCAGAAUGGGGGAGGAAGGAGCUACUCUUACCCCUACCUCUACCCCCAUCCUUAUCCCUACCGCCUCACCACACCUCUUUACCAUACCAGGAGUGGAAUGGAGGCAGGAGGUAUGAGGAAAGAGAGCGUUGGAGAGGAGUAGAGAGUUGGGGUCAAGAGAGAAGAGAGGAGGGAGGAGGAGAAGAGAGGGGGAUGUCCUGUGAACACACCCCAGUCUGGCCGGUUCUAGAGGGGAGGGUUGGAGAUGGAGAGAGAGAGGAUCUACACCAUAGAGUCCUAGAGGAGAAUCAACCCACAAACAGAGGGCGGGACCUAACGGUGCGGGUCUAACACAGCUCUGGUCCACUCUACACACAAUGGUCCUGUCCAGAACAACCCCUACCCUCUAGGGGACGUCAUGCCAAUCUGAAGGAAUUGGAUAGGUAUAAUAAGAAAUAUGGUAGCUCCACCUUGCCCUGUGACAUGUUGUUUCUGGACAGGACCAAUCUAUUUUACAGACACUGUACUAGGCUCUCCAAGCGCACUGACUCUCUUGGGUAUUUUAUAGUAAGUUAAGUGUCAAGGUGUGUGUGUGUUUUGAUCUGAAGCGUGUAAGGAGACAGACCAGUGAGGAGCCUCAGAAACUCAGCCGCAGCAGAGAGAGUGAGAGGGAGAAGAGAACACACACACAAAGGCACACCACUCUGCACAUGUACACACUUGGAAACACACAACCAGAGAAGGACAGGGGCUUGGCAGCUAAGAGAAAUACUUAUCCUCUCUACACAAACACACUCACAAAGAAAUGCACAAACACAGCAUCACACACACAGACCGAGAACGGCAGAGACAAGCACCUUGGCAUGAGAGAGCAGGCUCACACACCGUCUGUGUCAGCCGUGGGCUAUGCUGGACCUUGUAGAGCCAGUGUCCCUGGGCAGCCCCGUGAUGGAGAGGAUGAGAGGUGUUCUGUAUAUCUGGGGACAGGAACAGUGGUCCCUUCCUCCUCCAGUCCACUAGAAGGACACUCCCAGACACACACACACAGCCAAGUGUUGAAGUGCCAAGCUCCAGGCAAGCCAGGAAUGAGCAGGCAGAAGAAACCGUUGGAUGAUGAAGGCUGUGUGUUCGGUUUGGUGACCAGCCGGUCGUUCCCUGUCCUCCAAAGGAACUGUCCCCACAGCUGUGACCUGCACCUGGUAUUGCAGCAGGCCACACACAGUUACACACAGCACCUCCGAGAUAUACGCAGGAGGAGAGAAAUACACACAACGGGACAGAGAGAGACUCGGCGAGGGACACAGAGCGUCUGGGAUCACUGCAGAGAUAAGAUUCCUGAAGUGCUGAACACACCCACACACCGAUGUGAUUUGAAUUCGGAUAUGUGUCCUGUUGUAACAGAGGCCAGUCUGACUCCUGUCUGUAAAGGAACCCUCCUGAGGAGCUUCUCAACCAACAGCGGACAACGCAACACUGAUCACAACCAUGUGAGUCUCACUCCCCUUGAGACCUGUGGUCCAUGUGAAGGUAUCGCUUGGAAUCCUUUGCAUGAAGGUCUGAUGAAGAGCCUCUCUUCUGUGACCAGCAGGGGGCAGGAGAGAGGAGACAGAAGGGAGGACGGUGUCAUGGAUGAGGAGGACGGUGUCAUGGAUGAGGAGUACGGUGUCGAUGAGGAGGACGGUGUCAUGGAUGAGGAGGACGGUGUCAUGGAUGAGGAGGACGGUGUCAUCGAUGGGGAGGACGGUGUCAUCGGUGGGGAGGACGAUGUCAUCGGUGGGGAGGACGGUGUCAUGCAUGAGGAGGACGGUGUCAUGGAUAAUCAGCAGAAGACUCUUUCUAUGGGAAACCCAUCUUUGACUCAGAGCAGUUCCAAAACCAAGGAAAAGAGGGUGAAUACCAAUGAGAGGAGGGAGAGGAGGAACUUCAGCCGUGAGGAGGAGAGUUAUCUGUGUCGAGGUAUAGAGCGGUUUGGUCCAUCCUGGAACUCCAUCCUUUGGGCCUAUCCGUUCCAGCCGGGACGCACCAACGUUGACCUGGCCAAGAAAUACAAACGCCUGCAGGUGAUAGGCAUCAACAAUGGUUUUACAAAAAUGCUAAAGCCCAGGGUAUGGAUUCAGACUCCAUGAGAUCCUAGAGGAACACAUUGUCUAUUGUACAUACAUCACAGUCAUAUAUUUUAAAUACUUUAAUGUAAUAUUCAAUAAUAGUUUAAAUACUAUAAUUUAGUCCCCAGUUUGAAAUGAAUUACUAUGCUGUGCUACUGUAAAUAAAAUACAUAAUUUGUUAUUUAAGUUAGUACUAUAUUUGAAAUAUGUUAAUUUCAUGGUCAUGGAGGGUGGAUGAAUGGUCCGUUCUGUAUUUCUCAACCUUGUUGUUUUACACAGCAUUUUGCUGCCUAUUUGAAGUAGUUGGAAUAUUGUUUGGAAUAGAAAAAUGGCAAUUAUUUGUGUAAUGAUUUGCACUUGACGGUUUCAUAAUUUAUCUUGUUCAUUGUUAAUGUAUGGAUUGAGAUUGAAAUGGUUGUUCACUCGUCAUCCCCUGAAGUUGUUUGUAUUGAAUUAAACAGAAGAGUG